GGUGGGAAGGCAGGUCUGGGUUGUGAUAAGUAGAAACAAGAGACUUAAAGAGCUGGGAAGGAGGGAGACAGGCGUCCUGGGAGGACGCGUGCAGAGAAGCGUCAAGUUCUGAGAGCCAGUAGGUGAAGUGCCCCUGUCUGGGCAGAAGGAAGGACACUAGGGGCUGCUGCCGGCUACCCUGCUCGGCAUUUCUGCAGCAGCCGUCCAAGAAGGACAAGAGAGAGGUCCUGCUAAGUGGAGCGAGUGCAGGAGGGCGGGACUGCUCGGGCGCACUGGCAGCCGGGUUCAGACAGGGUUAAGACCAUCACCUGCAGUUGAAGAGCGACCCAGAUGGGAAGUAGGAAGUGCCGCGCCUGAGCUUCCUGUAUAAAUAAACGCGCGGCUCCUGGGGCUGCUGCUGGCGUGCGGAUCCCCACGCUCUGCAAGGUUCACGGGCAUCGCAGCUGUGCCCCGAGGCAGGAGGCGGUUACAGGUACUCCUCCUCCGGCCCAGUAGGUCUGGGAGCCCGAGCCCUGGUGCAGUCCUACAGAGCGCGAAGCUGUCAGCGGCAGAGGGAGAGAAUGGAACAACUCCUCUUCCCCGGGGUGCGAGCAGCCCCGGCUGGCGGUGAGCGCGAGGGAGUCUGCUGAGAAGCCCGGCGGCGGGGAAGAACGUAGCUCUCCUGCCAGGGAUAGAGGAGACUGAAGAACGCUGAAGACAGGCUGAUGGGCUCAGCUGGUAGGCUCCACUGUCUCACCAUGACCGCUGCCGAAAAUCCCACACCUGGAGACCUAGCUCUGGCCCCCCUCGUCACUUGCAAACUCUGCCUGUGUGAACAGUCUCUGGACAAGAUGACCACGCUCCAGGAAUGCCGGUGCAUCUUCUGCACAGCUUGUCUGAGACAGUACAUGCAGCUGGCAAUCCGAGAAGGAUGUGGGUCUCCCAUCACUUGCCCUGACAUGGUGUGCCUAAACCACGGGACCCUACAGGAAGCUGAGAUUGCCUGUUUGGUAUCUGUGGAUCAGUUUCAGCUUUAUCAGCGGUUAAAAUCUGAACGAGAAGUUCACCUGGACCCCUACAGAACGUGGUGUCCUGUCGCAGACUGUCAGACAGUAUGCCCCGUCGCAUCAAGUGAGCCAGGACAGCCCGUGCUCGUGGAGUGCCCUUCUUGCCACCUGAAGUUCUGCUCGUGCUGCAAGGAUGCUUGGCACGCAGAGGUCUCCUGCAGAGACAGUCAGCCUAGCGUCCUGCCAACAGAGCAUGGGGCCCUCUUCGUGACGGAGGCAGAAGCCCCCAUUAAGCAAUGCCCAGUGUGCCGGGUUUAUAUUGAACGCAACGAAGGCUGUGCUCAGAUGAUGUGUAAGAACUGCAAGCACACGUUUUGCUGGUACUGCCUCCAGAACUUGGACAAUGACAUUUUCCUCAGACAUUAUGACAAAGGGCCGUGUAGGAAUAAGCUCGGCCACUCGAGAGCCUCAGUAAUGUGGAACCGAACACAGGUCUGUGAGUUCCAAGAAAAUGUCCUCCUCUUCCAAUUGCCUGCAUCAAUGGAGGACAUGGCCCAUCUGUAGUUGAACACACUGAAGAAGGCAAGUCUAUUAGGUUACCAUUCUCAUUAUGAAGCAUGUAUUCAGUUCCAUCUUUGUACAAACAAAUGUGUGGCGAUUAGUUGCCUAAAGUGACUCAGUCUGGUUGAGGAGAAAGAACACAUCGGGCUAUAGAAAGAUGAAUAACCGUAUCGGGUCAUACCUGAUAGAUGACAGGUGAGUGGCUGAGCUAUGUGUUGGGAGCAGGUGGAGGCGGAUAGAUAUUGCUGAAACUUUUUGGUUAGAGCUUUACAGGGACGGUACUGGAUCAGGGCUUUGAAAGGUUGUUAGGAUUGUGAUUGCAAAGGAGACAAGGGCAUUACAGAGAGGGGGCGUGAUGAGAGCAAGGUGGCUUGAGGAUUGAUAACUAGCCUAAUUAAGCCGAAACAAAGCACUUGUAGAACAGAGGAGAGCCAGAAAAUGACGAGGAAAAAGAGACUCUUGGGUGCCAGGCUCAGGAGUUGGUGGGUUCUUAUUACAUUGGGGAGCUGAGUAACAGUUCUGAGCUUGAAGGGUGACACGUGCAAAGGUACACUUUAGCAGGUUAAUCUGACAGCACUGUGCUGGUUGAAUUGCAAGGGGGAAAGCUGGAAGUGGCAUGACUAGUUAGGGGGACCCUGCACUAGUCUAGAGGUAUCACUUAAUGAAGACCUGGUCCAGAGAAAGGAAAAAAAGCAAAAGAGAAAGAUGUUUAUACACACACAUAUAUGGUAGUUUCAUAUAUAUAUAUAUAUAUCGGUAGCAUUUUGGUGGUUAUAUCACCUACAGAAUAAGUGCUUUUAAAAAGUAUUACAAUAUAAUUUUCUUAUUUGAACAUCAUCACUACAUUGAAUCUUAAAGCCUCCGUACAAUUGCUAUCAGUUUUUACCUAGAGCCAGUUUAGAAAAGGUUUUAUUAAUGUGAGGCUUACUCAUAGGAUUUUCCCUUAAAUCGUUUUUGGAACAAAACGGAGAAUAAAUAAUAAUUCCUCGUAGGGCAUGAUGAAAGAGCCAGACCAAACAUAGAAAAAUUGUAUGGGGGAUAUGUUUCUACUUGGUUUUAGGUAAUAACUUUAAGUAAUUCAUAAGAAAGUAGAGAGCACAGGAGAGUUUCUUACAUUAAUGAAUUCAUUAGGGUUUAAGAAAUGCUUUCAACCAAACUACCUUCUGUUUUAGGGAAAGCUGGGAACACAAAGUACACAACCAGCUUGACAAAGACCGGAAAUGGAGCUGAGUUCUGAAAGUCCUUUGAGGAAGUUAAUUGACCAUGUUGUUUUCAUUUACUUGGAAAGGAAUUCCCUUUGAAAGUGCAGUGAGGUGUGUCUUUCCCCUUUCUUAGCUGCCACUCUGUCUGAUAAUAAGAUAAGCUGAUGUAAUCUUAUGUUAUAUACUUUAGUAUUUAUUGUAUGUGAAGGACUAAAGCUUUUAGCAAUAUCACUUAGCUCAGUGAUUCUAUUUUACAAAGGAUGAUUAACCCGUUCUCAUUAGAAUAUUCUUUUGCCCUUUGCCCAUGGAAACCUUUUGCUCUCUGUACAUCGGACACAGUAGCUGUUGGAGCUCUGCUUACUACAGCUGAACACAGAUGCCAGGGAGGAGAGGGGAAGAACACUGAAAUUUGGCCAGUUUGGCGGUUUGUUAAUCAAUACCCAUUAUUUCAGGAGGAAAAAAAGGAACAGCUGCAUAUAAUGAUCAGAGACCAACAUGGCCAUCCCUGUAAUGAAUAGCAGGAGAGCUCAGCCUCCGCCACCCACCCCCACUCCCCAUAGUUCUUUUUUUAAUAAUUUUUUAAAUUUAUUUUUGGCUGCAUUGGGUCUUCGUUGCUGCGCACGGGCUUUCUCUAGUUGCAGCUAGUGGGGUCUACUGUUUGCUGCGGUGCACGGGCUUCUCAUUGCGGUGGCUUCUCUUGUUGUGGAGCACCGGCUCUAGGCGCGUGGGCUUCAGUAGUUGUGGCACGUGAGCUCAGUAGUUGUGGCUCGCAGGCUCUAGAGCGCAGGCUCAGCAAUCCCCCCAUAGUUCUUGCGUGCUGAUCAACUGAGGUUCGGGAAGGAAGAGUAAAACUUGGAGGAAUGCUUGGACAGUUUUCCUAAGUUCUUCCAUAGACAUUGGUAUAUGUAAAUCAAUUGUUAAUAGUUUUGUUGUAUUGAGAGGGUGAAGAAUUGAGUGAUAUAAAGAAAUCUUUUAUAAUCAAAAACAAUCUCUGAUUCUCAGAAUGAUGUUUUUAUCUGGCUUCCUCUCAGUUGUUUCUUUUUGUUUGUUUGUUUUUGUUUUUUGGGGUUUUUCUUUCUUUGUUUGCUUUUUCUUAAUAGCCAGAUAUUUGUCUGUUUUCUUAGUUUUUUCAAACAAAGAGUUAUUGGAUUUAUUAAUUUUAUUUUGCUUUCUAAUUCAUUAAUUUAUUUUAAAUAUAUUUUCUCUACUUAAUUUUUAAAUUGUCUUUAUUUACUUCUUGGGUUAAAUGCUUUGCUUAUUUUCGUUCUUUCUUGUUUAGCUAUAAAAGCAUUUAAAGCUAUGAUUUUUCCUUUCAAUACAACUUUGAUAGCAUCCAAACUAUUUUAAUAAAUGCCACUUAAGAACCAUUUCUUUGGGGACUUCCCUGGUGGUCCAGUGGUUAAGACUCUGUGCUUCCAAUGCAGGGGGUGCAGGUCCAAUCCGUGGUUGGGGAACUAAGAUCCCACAUGCCGCAUGGCGCGGCCAAAAACAAAAGCCAAAACAACUAUUUCUUUGUUUGCUGUAGUCUUGUGGGUCUUGUGGACACAAACCUCACUGGCUCUCAGAGCUGGGUAUUUUGGGGGUCAUCCUUCAGGUGGAAGUCCUAGUCCUAAAAGUUGAGGUGUGCUAGAUGUUUGUUCCAAACUCUGAUUCCUCAGAGAGAUGCUGGGAGUUGUGCAUUCCUCCUCAAUUGUAUGUCACUGUGCCAGGGGUGGGGUUUACGGUGAGAAUAUAUCUCAGCCUUUCCUACCCACUUCCGUGUGGGUGUUUUCUUGUUUGCCUGGUGUGUAGGAGUUGAUCCGCUCAUAUCUAGAUUUCUUUCAGAGGGAAUUGCUCUGUGUGUAGUUGUAUAUUUGCUGUGUCUGUGAAAGGAAGUAGGUUCAGGAGCCUCCUAUGUCACCAUCUUCUUCUGAAGGGUACAAAGUUUGAUAUAUAAAUAUCAAAUCUUGCUUAUUAAUACUACUAUACAAUUCCAUUUUAUCUUUGUUUGCUAUUAGUCUACUUUAUCUACAUGAGAGGAAGGUAUUCGUUUCCCUCUCCCCCCAUGCUCUCAUUUUUAUCAAUUCCCUUGUAUUUCUGGUGGUUUUUGCUUAUGUGUUUUUAAAACUAUUUUAUUUAAGUCAAAAUAAAAUUCAUAUUUUAAUACAUGUUAGCAUAUAUUAACAUCAAAUUUAAAAAUAUAAUAGCGUAAUAACAACAGAGCCUCUGACCUCUUCUUUCCAUCUUUAGUCCACUCCCCAGGCAACCUUUAAUCGGUUUGGUUUUGUGUUCAUCUAGUGAUGCCUCUGUAAGUCUGAAUAGUAUGUAUACACCACAAAUUCUUGUUUGGGAAGUUCCUUUUAAUAUAACCACAAUAUGAAUUGAUUUCUUGCUACUAGUUAUGAGGAUUUAGCUCACUUAUACAAACUCCCUCCUAUCCUUCCUACCUCCUCCCAAUAUUGUUACAUCAUUACUUUUAAUUCCUUUCUUGGUUACCUUUCCAAGCUUAAGAAUUAAAACCUCCAUUUCCCUUUCCAUCCACUAGACUGUAUCUUGACUCCCUACUUUGUAAAAAAGGCUAUUAACAUCCUUAAUCCCUCCUUCCUCCUUUUCUCCUCACCCUCUCCCAAUUUUAAUUUGUAAAAUCUAUCAGUUGUACUUUUAACGUUUUUAGUAAAAACAAAGGAGAAAGUAUAGUAUAGUGGCAAGACCUCUGCCUCUAAAGCCAGGCUAUCUGGAGGUUUGACCCACACAUUACUAUCUGCAUGACCUUGGGCAAGUUAUACAACCUCACCAUGCCUUACUUUUUCUACCUAUACAAUAGGAAUAGAGGCUGAUUCUAAGUUCAGUAUCUGAUACAUAGUAAAUUCUCAUUAAAUAUUUGUCGUUACUGUUAUUUUUAUUGUUAUCAAUACAUUUCAAGACAGAUAUUUAUUUUUUAUUUUGUCUUUUAUGUUACACUUUCAAGAGAUUGAUUCUAAAAAUUGAAACCUAGUAAAUAUUUUCAUUUUUAUAAAUACUUGUUUUCUUUUAGAGUCAAGCUGUGUGGUAUGAUUAUAUUUCCUUAAUAAAAGAACCACUUAAAGGAGAAUGCUCAAAUGGACUGUUCUUUCUUAUACUUCACUAAUUGUUAAAAAUGCUACAUUUUCCAUACCUUUUUUGUUUGGUUUUUGUUUAUCCUGGAGUUUCUGAUUGCCUUUUUUUUCUCUAAUUGAUAAAAAGAAACAUGUAUCUAUCAUUAGAUCAUUAUCACUUUUAAGAGUCUUAAGCAUUCUGUAUUUUACUUGAGACUUACUCUGUUCUUUGUUACAGAAUCCAUCAAGGUACUGUUCUAACUGUUUAAUUUCCUUUCUA